UGCAAUCAGAAAUCACAUUGAAACGUGCUCUUACGCGCGUGUUCCUAGUAAGUGAAUGAUAAUAAGAGUGAUGAUUGUCUAGAUAAAAAGUUUUAACUUAUUUUAACAAAAUUAGAUUUAUUUAUUCGGUUUGCAGUUCCUUAGAUAAUCUCAACGAUGGAUGCUCAACCAUUGUUCGGUAUAUGGGACUACGUAGUUAUAGCUAUAGUGCUACUUAUCUCAUCUUCGAUAGGAAUAUAUUAUAGAUUUACAGGAGGUAAACAAAAAACAGCAAAGGAAUAUUUGUUGGCAGACAAAAAUAUGUCUAUCACACCAGUAGCCUUCUCAUUAAUGGCCUCGUUUAUGUCGGCUAUUACGCUGCUGGGAGUAUCGAGUGAGAAUUAUUCCUAUGGAAUACAAUUUAUUGUUAUUAACUUUUCUUAUGGAGUUUUUACGUUUAUUGCAGCAUAUUAUUACCUACCAGUAUUUUUCAAAUUACAAGCCACCAGCGCUUAUGAGUACUUAGAAAGGAGAUUUGGCAAAACAGCAAGACUGGCAGCUUCUUUGUCAUAUACUCUACAAAUGACUUUAUAUAUGGGAGUAGUGUUAUACGCACCCGCCUUAGUGUUAGAAGCUCUUACGGGUAUAAGUAAGCUAGCAGCAAUUUUAUCUGUAGGCAUUGUUUGCACGUUUUACUCUACAAUAGGAGGAAUGAAGGCCGUUUUGGUCACAGAUGUAUUUCAAUCUUUGCUCAUGUUUGCUGCCAUAUUCUGCGUUAUUAUUAAUGGUUGGGUCGAAAAAGGAAGUUUAGGGGAAAUUUGGAGAAUAGCGGAGGAACACAAUAGAACAACUUUGGAUAACUUUAGCCCUGAUCCCACUGUAAGGCAUACAUGGUUUACUCUAAUCAUCGGUGGAGGUAUAACGUAUCUUUCUCUGUAUGGUGUCAACCAGACUCAAGUUCAGAGAUACUUAACAGUAAAAGACUUAAAAACUGCUCAAAAAGCAUUAUGGUGGAAUUGGCCGAUUUUAACUCUCCUUAGUUUAAGCACAUCAUUUUCGGGACUGGUAAUUUUUUCCCGAUAUUUUAAGUGUGAUCCAGUUCUGUCGAAACGUAUCAACUCUGCUGAUCAGUUGUUGCCAUAUUAUGUAGUUGAUACAAUGGGAGAUAUUCCUGGGCUCUCUGGAUUAUUUGUGGCUGGCAUAUUUAGUGCUUCUUUGUCUACAAUUUCGGCAUCAUUAAACAGUCUGGCAGCCAUUACAGUAGAGGAUUAUAUCAAACCGUUGCAUCUAGCAAUACGUAAGAAACCUCUUUCAGAAACAGUUUCCGCCGUACAGCUGAAGCUUCUGUCGUUAGUGUAUGGAGCAGUUUGCAUAGCAGUGGCAUUUUUAGCGCAAUUUUUAGGUGGUCUUCUUCAAGCUGCUUUGACCAUAUUCGGUGUAGUAGGCGGACCUCUUCUAGGAUUAUUUUCUUUGGGAAUGUUUACAACGAUGGCAAAUGAAGAAGGAUCCGUAUGUGGUCUAGUAAUUGGGGUCGGUAUGGCUUUGUGGAUGGCCCUUGGAGCAAAACCACCAGUUCCUCUUCGUAGAAGAGUUGACGGUUGUGAAAAUGCAAAUGUCACUUUACCUACAGCUUCCACUCAACCUGAAAAGACGUAUUUAUGGAUUCAUCGGGUAUCUUAUCUGUAUAACGGACUAUUUGGACUCCUGUUGACAGUGAUAAUAGGACUACUAGUAAGUUUCGCAGUUAACAAACUGUCAAAACGUCCCAGAAGGACGUACGACCCCAAUUUGUUUAUUCCUCCCUUAGCGAGGGCCCUUGAGAAAAAGUUUGGCAAUACCAUGAAAUUAACUACUAUUGAAGGAUUGACGUCAACGUCUACAGAAAAUUUGCAAAAUGGUCAUGCGAUUAAAACCGAAGUGAAUUGAAAAUUUAGUACUUAAGUAUUCUUCAAAGUAUUUAGAUAAAAAGAUCAAAGUAGGGAGAAUGUCUUUUUGUUAGUUUAACGUGUGUUUUAACCGAAACAAAAGUUUGAGACACCUUGUAGGGAGGAAAAGGCACAAAGGUGGGUAUACAUCGAUGUUAUGUUGUAGUCUCAUAUUUUGUGAACAUUUUGUUUUUUGAAAGUACCCGAUAUCUUUAGAAAAAAAGAAAAUAAGACGGUUAUACUCUUUAAUAUAUGUUAAUAGAAAGUAGGAAGAUCUCAGAUACAAAAUACACUAUUAAACAUAUAAUAUACACUAAUAGGGGAGUGAAAUUAGAACGAAAACAUGCAUUGUUUCGGAAAAAUUCAAACAAGCUUAUAUUUUUCUAAAACUUUUUUUGUUAGUUUAUAUACAUGUUAAAGUAAAAAGUUCUAUUCGCAAAUUUGGCCGCUAAUUGUUUAUUAAUUGUUUAAACAAUAACAAUUGUUUUGUAUAAAUAAUUUUAAAAAUAUCGAUAAAUUCAUUAUUUUACUUUGAUCAAAUAUGUUUAUAUUUUGUUUUUGAUUAUGCUGAAUCUGAAUAUGGCAUUGCAAUUUGAAAAUUCUUAUACAGAAGCUCUUAUACAGUGUGUCUGCGUAGCUAGAAACCACAUGGAAAACUUUUUUAUUAUAAAUUUUACGAAAAAAAGUUAUUUAAAAUGCUCUGGAUAGUCAAAAAUCUAAAACUCAACCAUCAGAUAUCAAAUUUUAUCAAUUUUAUACGAGUUAUGUCAAAAAUAUGAAUUUCGUUAAAGAGUAAAGUACCUUUAUAUUCCAGAAUAUCAAAAAAUGCUAUUAUGAAAAGUUGUUUGACAUUAGAAACUAGUCUAAAUAUACAAUUACAUCAUUCUAAUCGAAAAAAAAAUCAAUUUUUUCUCAAAUUACGGAUACUUAUCAUCAUUUUAUUACAAUUAUGAUAACUAUUUUAUUAUCACUUUUACGAAAAAAAGUUAUUCUUCAUAAAAUGCUCUCCCUGGUCUAAAAUCUAAGAUACAAUCAUCAGAUAUCAAUUUUUUUUAAUUUUAUACGAGGUAUAUAAAAAAUAUGAAUUUUUCUUAAGAGUUAAGUGCCUUUAUUAUUCAUAUUUUAAAUAAAAAGAUGAAAUUUAAUACUGAAACAUAUUUUUUAAUUACAAACAACUUUUCUUAAUAACAAUUUUCGAUAUUGGGAAAUGUAAAGGUACUUUACUCUUGAGUGAAAUUCAUAUUUUUUGACAUACCUCAUAUAACAUUAAUUAAAUUUGAUAUUUGAUGAUUGUAUCCUAGAUUAUAUACGAUGCAGAGUAUUUUAUAAAGAAUAACUUUUUUUCGUUAAACUGAUAAUAAAAAAGUUAUCGAUAGGUUCCAAGUUACGCAGACAUACUGUAUAAGACCUAAAAAAAUUUUUGGCUGAACAUUUAUUAUUGUUGAAGCUUAUUAUUAAACGUAUUUUAGGUAAGUUUUACAGAAAAAAGUUUUGAUCACUUUGUAUAAACAUUUUUUCGG